AUGGAAGUAGAGAACAAUACCGCCCUUCCCUUUUUGGAUUUUUUGGUUGAGAGGAAACCAGAUGGCAUUUUAAGACAUCAAUUCCACCACCACCCGGACCAGAAACAGGGGAUCAUAAAUAUUUUGAUUCAUCGAGUGCGGAUCAUCAGCGAGCGAAGACACUUAGCCGAGGAACUAGAACACCUACGCACGGCCCUGAGAGGGAAUGGCUACACAGCGACAAAUAUCGAACGAGCUAUCAAGAAGAGACAUACGCCCAUGGAGAAACGGGAGUACUUAGCGACGACGUAUCUACCUUACGUGAAAGGUUGUACAGAUAAAAUCGGACGUCUUUUGAAGAAGAAUAAUAUCAACACAGUAGUCAGUACUGUAAAGAAGGUGGCGGCAGCAUUUCCAAAGACCUGCAACAACGACCUGCUUCAGGGCCCCGGUGUGUACAGUAUUCCUUGCUCUUGCGGAAAGGUCUACACAGAACAAACAGGAAGGCACAUCAACACGAGGUUAAAAGGAGCACAGAAGUCAACUCACUGGAACGUCAACAACGCGUACAAGAUCACCCACCGGAACGUCAUGGAUCGUGACCAUAUCAAAUAUGACAAGACAAGAAAUAUGGACAGCAGCCUUUACCGUCACAGGCGAAGCUACGAGCAGCGCCACAAAGGCAAGGAGGCCGCCAUAACCAACGCCGUCAAAGGUGGGAGGAACGGCAGCAAGUCCCCACUGUUUGCCACCGAGAACUGCACGGUGGUGGUUGCACAAAUCGGCGGCACCGCCACGUUACCGUGCGUAGUCCGCAAGUUCAAUAAUGGAGUCGUUUCGUGGGUAAGGAAACACGAUUAUCAUCUGUUGACAGUGGGCUUGGCGACCUACAAUACCGACGAUCGCUUCAUGGUGGAGCAUGUUCGACACCUACAGAAUUGGGGCCUUCUUAUCAAGAAGGUUCAGCCCUCGGAUGCCGGCCUCUACGAGUGCCAAAUGUCUACCCAUCCCCCGACAAGCAUUGUUGUGGAGCUCAGAGUUACAACGGCUCUAGCGGAGGUUCAAGGGGCCCCAGACCUAUAUCUGCGUGCCGGCUCUCUCCUAAGACUUGUGUGCACGUUACGGGACUCCACGGAGCCCCCGGAGUUCGUGUUCUGGUACCAUGAACAACGUAUGAUCAACUACGACCCGGGCGUCACAGUGAAGGAGGGGCGGAGCUCGAGCAUCCUGCAACUCCAGGAGGCCGACAAGAGCCACAACGGCAACUACACGUGCAAACCCUCUAAUGCUGUCCCAGCAUCUAUUAAUGUCCAUGUUCUCAAUGCCACUGCCGAAGAGAAGCCGGCCGCAAUGCAGCACGCUAAUUCUUCGAGUUCGCCGCCAGGGCUCCACUUCGUGAAAUGCGGCGUCCUUCUAGUGAUAAUCAUUCCUCUGACGGUGAGAACGUGA